AUAAAAAUUUUAUCUUCCUUCGUUUCUUGAAGAAGUAGUGGUGUUUUUAGCUUAAAAAUUUGCUAUUGUGAAUUUUAAAUCUUCGUAUAUGUAUUUUUCAAGUUUAGUUUCAACGUUUAUGUGUUCACAAUUUCGUAUAAACUAAUCAAACAUCCUGUCCUAUAAUCAUGGCGCGAUACGGCCAAAGACCAGAAAAUGCUUUGAAACGGGCUAACGAAUUCAUCGAAGUAGGAAAACCUGCUCGAGCUUUGGAAACCCUCUACGAAGUAUUUCGUAAUAAAAAAUGGGCUUACAACUGGAGCGAAAGUAUUUUGGAACCUAUUAUGUUCAAGUACUUGGACCUUUGUGUGGAAUUGAAGAAAUCACACAUCGCCAAGGAAGGAUUAUUCCAGUACAGAAAUAUGUUCCAAACCGUAAAUGUUGGAUCAUUGGAAAACGUCAUUCGUGGAUAUUUGAGAUCAGCUGAAGAACGAACUGAAUCGGCUCGUGAGCAUUCGCAUCAAGCUGUAAUCGACAUUGAUGAUCUAGAUAAUCUUGCUACUCCUGAAAGUAUUUUAUUGAGUGCUGUGAGCGGCGAAGGUGCUCAAGACCGGAGUGAUCGUACAAUUUUAACACCAUGGGUUAAAUUUUUAUGGGAAUCGUAUUGCCAAUGUUUGGAAUUACUGCGUACUAAUACCCUGGUUGAAACUUUAUAUCACGACAUUGCUAGAAUGGCAUAUCAAUUUUGUUUGAAAUACAACAGGAAAACGGAAUUUCGUAAACUAUGCGAUAAACUUCGCAAACAUUUGGAAGAUAUUGGUAAAUUACCUCCUCAAGCCAUAAACGUCAGUUUGACUCGCCCGGAAACCCAGCAGUACAAUUUGGAAACUCGUCUAAUUCAAUUAGAUUACGCUAUUCAAAUGGAGUUGUGGCAGGAAGCUUACAAAGCCACCGAAGAUAUUCAUAAUUUGAUGACCAUGUCGAAAAAGCCUCCUGUACCCAAAAUGAUGGCUAAUUAUUACCAGAAGUUGGCUAUGGUGUUUUGGAAAGCUGGUCCUAAUUAUUAUCUUUUCCACGCUGCUGCUCUGUUUAAACUUUUCCAAUUGAAUAAAGAAAUGAAGAAAAAUAUUACUCAGGAAGAUCUCCAAAAAAUGGCGAGUCGUGUAUUAUUGGCAACGUUGUCCAUACCUCUUCCUUCGGCUCAUCCGGAAUUUGAUAGAUUUAUCGAAACUGACAAAAGUCCUUUAGAAAAGGCUCAGAAAUUGGCAGUAUUAUUAACUUUGAAUCAACCUCCUACUCGAUCAUCUCUUUUGAAGGAUUUGGUUCGUUACAAUGUUUUAAAUAUGGCCUCUCCUGCUCUUCAAGAACUUUACAAUUUACUCGAAGUUAAUUUCAAUCCGUUGCAAUUAUGCGUUAAAGUUGACAAUAUUAUCAAAGUACUGCAAGACUCCGAUCAGUACAUACCUCCUUUGAGAGAUGUAACCUUAGUAAACCUCAUUCGUCAAGCAUCCCAAGUCUACGAGACGAUCACAUACUCUCGUCUCCUUCAGUUAUCGCAUUUCGGAACUCAGUUCCAUAUGGAACGUUUGCUAGUCGAAUGUGUUCGUCAGAACGACAUGCAAAUUCGAAUUGAUCACGGUAAAGGGUGUAUUUACUUCGGUGCUGACUUAUCCGAGUCUCAUGGAGGAGAUAAACUCGACGGUGUUAGUAUCCAAAGCAUGCCAAGCGAACAAAUACGCAAUCAAUUAGUAAACAUGAACUCGGCGUUGAAUAGAUGUGUCCAAGUUAUCAAUCCUAAUCACUUCAAGGGCGAUCGAGAGAAAGUUCAUGCUACGAUGGUGCAACGUUACCAUGACUUCAAACAUAUCGAACACCAACGUAUUUUGGCCAGACAUAAAAUCAUUGAAGAAAGGAAAGAAUACUUGGAACAAAUGAACACCGUUAGAGAGCAAGAAGAAGCUAAAAAACUAGAAGAAAUAGCUCGUCAACAAGCUAUAGCCGAGCAAAAACGUUUGGAAAUUGAGAGAGAAGAAAGAGAACGUAAACGACAAGAAAACGAACUGCAACAAAUCCGCGAUCGAACAUUGAAAGAAAAAAUGCAUCAGAUAUCUUUGACUGCUCAUGGACAAAAAUUACUCAAAAAUUUACAAGGAGACGAACUGAAGAACUUGGACGCUGAUAAGAUAGCUGCUCGUGAAGCUGAAGAACUACAGAAAGAACGAAAAGAACAGCAGCAAAAACUGAAACAACAAGAAAAGAAACUCGAUUAUUUCGAACGUGCUAAAAGAAUUGAAGAAAUACCUUUGCUUAAACAAGCUUGGAAAGAUAAACAAGAAGUCGAUCGAAAAUUUUGGCAUCAACAAGAAUUAGAUAAAAUACAAACCAUGAAACAAGAACGUAAAUUAGCUCUGCAACAUCGAGGUCGUUUGAAACGUAUGGAAGUUGAUAAAAAUGCUUAUUUGGCCAAACUCGAAAGUCAAAGAUACUCCACUUACAAAGAUAAAUUGGAACAAUUCGAUAAAGAGUUGAAUAAAAUACGCAAAGAGCGGUUAGAAAAACGUAAGAAAGAAAGAGUCGAAAAAAGAAAAGCCGAUUAUCUUAAACAACUCGAAGAAGAAGCCGAACGUAAACGACAAGAAGAAAAACGUAAACAAGAAGAAGAAGAGCGUAAAAAACGCGAAGAAGAAAAAGCUAAAGAGAGAGCAAAAAGAGAAGAAUUGGACAGACAAAGUGAAAUUGCCCGGAAACGAGAAGAAGAAGUAUUGAGAAAACUUCAAGAACGUGCUGGCCCUCCGGCCCCUGAAAAGCCUGCUAGUGCGAGUACCUGGCGUAGUGCUAAAGCAGCAGAGACGAAAACUGACGAUAAGCCUGUUGAGAGGAGAAUUAGAGAUGAUGACAGAAAACCUGAUUCUGGUCCUAGACGUGGAGACGAUGAGAGAAGAGGCACAGAUGACAGAAGGGGCGCAGAUGACAGAAGAGGCGCAGAUGACAGAAGAGGUCCAGCUUCCGAUAAGCCUAUGAGUGACUGGCGUAGUAAAUCAAUGAAAGACGACGGUAGAAAUAAUGAUGAUAGGAUGAGGGAUAGAAAGCCUAGAGACUCAUUACGUAAAGACGACGAUUUCUCGAGAAAGCCUCCAUCUUCUGAUAACUGGCGCAGCAAUAAACCUAGAGACGAAGCUGAACCUAGUCGAGCUGAAGGUAGUAGAUGGAAGUCAGACGAACCUCGAAGUGAGAAAAAACCAGACCGUGAUAAUACAGCUUGGAGACGAGGUGCUCCGGCCGAUAAUAAAUCAACGUCAGGCUCUUGGCGUAGUGGUGGUUCUUCUCGACCAGCUAAUGAGUGAAUUAUGUAUUCAAUUUAGCUGCAUAAAGGCCAUGAAAUAUUAAUUUGUAAUUUUAACUUAUCGUUUAUUUAUUUAUUAUGAGACUCGAGAAGUUAAGGAGUUGACGUAUAGAGUAAUUAUUAAUUUUUAUCCGAAAUAAGAUUUCACGAAAGUCUAGGUACUGUAAGUAAAUCCAGCGCCAACUAAGCAGUAUUCUUGGGAAAUCAAUCCAUCCGCGUGUACAUUUUCCAUGUUGUGAAAUUUAUUCAACUUUAUGAGUAAAUAAUCAAUUUUGGAUUUUAUAAAAAAAUCAUUCCUGUAAAAAUGAGUAAGUAUAUGAAAAAAUUGGUGUUUUAUUUAUCAAGUUGAUGACUUCGAUUAUGAAAUUUGUCAUGAUACGAGGUUUUCCUAGAGAAAAUGUUACAGGUUAAUUUGGGAAAGUUAAUUUGUUGAAUUUCACUUUCCCUUUUAUAAAUUAUUUUUUUAUUAAAAUAUCAAAUGUAGUUGAUAAUAAAUUGUAUUUUGUUGGAAUAAAAUUUAAAACCGUU